ACUUCUAUUUCUUUUGUUAAAUAUAACAGUUACGAUUAGAAAGUUUUAACUGGUCUUCAACUGGUUUUAUUAUGGUUGAUGGCGUGAUAAAUAUGAUAUUGAAACUUCGUCGAUGUAAAUAAAUUAAUUUUUACUGUUGAAUGUGCAUUUAAUAUAGCGUUAAAAUUGCCAGUAUAUGUUUAACUUUUACCUUUUGUUUUUGUGUUAUUGAUUUUUAUCGUUUUAAAUUUUCUGGGUAUGUCAUCUCAUAGAACAUCUGGCGCUAAUCAAACUCCUCUAGGACGCCCUAGUCUUGCGAUGCUAGGAUCAAAAUCAUCUAGCUUACUGAAACCUAAUUAUAUGUCAUCAGGAAGUAAAAGAGAUAGAGAUGAAGAUUAUGACUAUCCUUCAACAAAAUGGCCACCUGAAGACUCUUGGGAUGGGGACAGCAGUAGGCAAGAAAGUGAGCGUGAUAGAGAAAGAAAACGUAAAAGGAAAUCUAGAUGGGGUGGUGAUGAAAAAGAAAAAGUUUUUAUUCCUGGCUUGCCCACUGUUCUACCCAAUAAUUUGAAUCCUCAACAAGAGAGGGCUUAUUUAUUGCAGUUGCAGAUUGAGGAAAUAAGUAGGCGUCUUCGGACUGGUGAUCUUGGAAUUUCCCCUAAUCCUGAAGAAAGGUCUCCAUCUCCAGAACCAAUUUAUAACAGUGAAGGUAAGCGUUUGAAUACGAGAGAAUAUCGCACUAGGAAAAAGUUAGAAGAUGAUCGUCAUAGCUUAAUACAAGAGAUGUAUUCAUGUAAUCCUGAGUACAAACCGCCUCCUGAUUACAAAUCUAUAACUGGAGCAAAGAUAAUCAUUCGUGGCAAGGGCUCAGUGAAAGAAGGAAAAGUAGGCCGCAAAGAUGGACAGCCUCUUCCUGGGGAAGACGAACCCUUGCAUGCAUUUGUCACAGGAAACAGCAAUGAAAGUGUUAAGAAAGCUGUCAAUAAGAUCAAGGAGAUUAUCAGGCAAGGUGUAGAGGUACCUGAAGGACAGAAUGAUUUAAGGCGUAUGCAGCUGCGUGAAUUAGCCCUGCUGAAUGGAACUCUGAGGGAAAAUGAUGGACCACGAUGUACAAAUUGUGGUGGUACCACUCAUAGAAGUUGGCAAUGCCCUGAUAAGCCAAAUGUUACAAAUAAUGUCAUUUGUACUAACUGCGGCUCUGCUGGUCACAUUGCAAAAGAUUGCCGAGAACAGAAGAGUAUGCCUGGUGUUUUGGGAGCUCCUGACAAGGCUAAAAUUGAUGAAGAGUAUAUGUCCUUGAUGGCAGAACUUGGAGAAGGGCCACCUCCUCCAACCAAAUUGAAUUCAUUGGGGAAUUCAAUGUCUCAAUCUUCUAUCUCUCCUUUACAAGCACCACCUGGACCUCCACGUGCAAUCAUGGCUCCACCCACUUCUAGUGUAGCACAGUUUCAGACUACAAACACUCAGCCAAUGUUCAACAGUGGUCAGGGCAAAGUAAGAGCUGUUCCUCCUCCAACAAGUAUGGUUCAGACUACUAUGACAUCUAUGUUGAUGCCCCCACCCAUGAUGCCUCCCCCUCUACCUCCUGCAUCUGUUGGAAUGGCUCCACUAGGAAUGCCACCUUGGAAUCAACCACCUUUCCAAGUCCCUGUGACUGCACAACAAACUGUGCUCACUACACAAGGUAAUGCACCUAUGGUGGGAGUGUUAGCGCCACCUCCACCACCACCAAAUCUACCAUCUGCCUCACAGUCGCAAGUAACUGCAACUACAACUGCCUGGAUGACUCCCUCAGCAGCUGUGACGCAAGCCUCACCCUGGGGUAUGCCUCCCCAAGUUGCAGCUGGACCUAUGCCUGUACCUCCACCUCCAGGAAUUGCCCCCAUUCCACCACCGCCAGCCAUGGCUGCAACAAUGUAUCCAUGGGGUGGAUUCAUGGGAGUUCCACCUCCGCCCCCCAUGCAGGCUGCAUCUCUGCAAUCACUUGCAGCACAACCUCCACCUCCUCCCCCUCCUGCUAGCUCAGCCCAAACAUCCAGUGCUGGUGCUAGUCAGAAUUCAUCUCUAUCUACUCUGUCACUUCCAUCAUUGCUAACUGCACCACCACCUCCGCCCCCUCCAAGUUAAGUUUAAAGGGUGUUGUAAGAACUGUCAUGAAUACAUAUAAUAUUCCAUUUUACUCUUAAAGGUUCUGAUUUUGGUAUCAUUUUGUGUGUGCAUCCAUAAUGGUGAACUAGAAUAAAGUACAUUGAAAAGUU